UCUCACACACACACACACACCUAAGAUUCCAAAGUCAGAAAAGUAAUCUUUAAUAAUUCCAAAAUAAUGUGUAAAAGCCGUAAAACGCCCAUGUUAGGCCUGAUAAUUUUCGCAAUGAUAAUGAUGAUGAUACCAUCCCUUUUUUUAAUUUUGUUAUCACCACAAGUGAUGAUAAAAAGGUCAUGGGAUUGGUGCCUUUCAUUUGGAAUUUUACUUCUAUGGCCCCUAUACCAUAAAUUGUAUAUCAUAAUUCUAAUUGUCUGCCAAAAACCGAUUUUAAAAUGUAUGAUACCUUUAACUUUCACCUGGCUUGCGAUCGGUCACAUCGUUUGCCUUUAUCUUCUGUUGAAUGCCACUCGAGCCCUCAACUGGUACCAAUUUCCAACACAAACGGAAAACUCCCUAGGCAAAAUUUACAAAUUAUAUUAUGAUCGAGACGAUAUGUGGUGGAUUUUUGUUUCCUUUGCCUUUACCUGGUUUAGUUUCUCGCUCCAAAUAGCUUAUGGUAUGCAUAUCAGAAAUCUAAAUGGCCUCACCAGUUUUGGAUGUCGAUCUUGAUGAGUUCGGAUGGAUUUUAAACAUGGCAAUGAAUAAUAAAAUAUUUUAUA